AUGCCAUCUCGUCAGGUGGAGCUUUGGCGCUCGGGCAACCCCAUGCCCAAUCAUCGUUUUAAUUCCGUCCCGACUAGCUUCAAAUGUGCUGUUGGCGGCGAGUGGGCCCCGUCUGACAACUUCUCCAAAUCGCAGCUAUCCAAGUGGACCAAGAAGAAGAAGAGCCCUAACGACGGAGUUACGCCAGAGAAUAUUGGCUUGAUUUGCAAGGACCAUCCACAAGGCCCCACGCCGGAGCGAGAGAUCAAGUGCAACGGCCCCUGCGGCACCUGGAAACAGCAGAAGUACUUCAGCAAGAUUCAACGUAACAGUACUGCUGCUUGGUGCUCUAUCUGUACCGCCUGGAAGGACCAAUUCGGCGGCUCAGAAAUUCCUGCCACCGUCCCUGGCGUCCAAAUGAGUUUUGACGAGAUUGUUACUCAGACGACCAGUCGAGGCAAAACCACAGGAGAUGAUUCCCAAGCUAACGAAGAUGACCCAACCGAGACCUUCUCGACCUCGGCCCCUACCGAGUGCCAGGAGCAGGGGCCGAAUGACACCGCGAGUAUAGCUCGGAGCUACCCCAGUCGAGAGGAAAAGGGUCAGUGCGAGAAUCAGAAAGUGGAUGAGCUCGAGGAUACUCAUGACCAGGGCCUUCUCUACAGCGCUUGCCGUACUGACAUGAGCACACAUGAAGAUCAGCCUCAGGAUGGCAAUGGAAUGAGCCCCCUGCGUGGUUCAGCCGUUAACCAGACCACUCCGGCGGGUUCUCCUAAGGUUUCGGAUGCCAUGGAGACGUCAACCUUGAAGGAUGAUCAUCUCCCGGAGAUGUCAACCUUGAAGAAUGAUGAUCAUCUCCCAGAGAUUACCGCCUCCUCGGGUACGAAUGGCUUUUCGUGUGGCUAUGACGCAUUCAGUCCCUACGGAUUCUACGGCAGCAAGGGAAAAAGGACAGGCUCUACAACUGCAGCACGCUACUCGGAGGCAAACUUCUAUCACGGAGCAGAAUUUUUCAGACCUGAUUCUCGUCGAGUCUUCGUCGCACCGCCCAUGUCCGCGUGCCAUCACGCCGGCAAUGCCAAUGCCUACGGUGACGACGAGAGCCCCGACGAGUCGUGAAAUCUGCGAUGGACUUGGCAGGUAUCGGCGCCCGGCCCAGGGCCUCCUACGUUGCGCGGAAGUUCUAGCACCCGAGAGGAGAGAGAGAAAGCC